AAUCUGCUGUAAAGAAAGAUACUCAAUUUUUUUUUGUGUGUGUGUUCAUAAUGUUUCGACAAAUCCUCGUUUUCUCAUUGGUGUUUUUACUGCUCACGGAAGAGUCUGACGCUUGGAGAAGAAGAUGGAGAAGGGUUGGUAGAGCAGUAAGAAGGAUUGGGAAAGCAAUUGGAAAAGCAGCAAAGGUCGUUGGAACGGUUAAAACAGCGGUUGCAGUAGCGAAAACAGCAGCAGCUCUAGGGAAGAGAUCCAUUGAUGACAAUGUCAUCACCUUAAAUUUCUGCAAUUUUUCGUCUUUUGACCUAAAUGAUGACGAUAUUAUUACUGAGAGCGAAAUCUCCACUCUGAUAGAAAUGACAGCCGCUGUGGAUUUAGACCAAUUCUUUGAAUUAAUUGACAUCAAUAAAGAUGGAGAGGUCACCCCGAAGGAGUACAAUAAUUCAAACAUCAUUAUGGAAAAUUGUGUGGUGCGUUGAUGAUGAUUCUUAAUCUUUCAUCUUUGUUUGCAUAGUAGUUAAUACAUUUUGUCUCAUUGUUUUUUUAGAUAUAUAUAUGCAUAUUGUUUAUAUAAAUAAUUCUAAAACAAA